UCACAUUACACUGGGGCCAGAAUGACUUCGCUUCGUACUUCGUACUGAUUUAUUUGAAAACUUUUUAUAUGCAUAAAGUUGCGGCAUUCUCAUUCAAUCGUUCAAAAUGUGGCAGACCAUGAUUCUAGUAACACUGUGUUACUGCGGCGAAGGACGACGACGGUCUCUCAGAGUCCACCAAGGAAUGGAGGACAUCUACAACGAGUUCCCAUUUGCGGUCAGCUUGGAGGGCCCUGAAGGGGAUAGAAUGUGUACGGGCAGCCUUAUUGCUCUCAAUUGGGUCGUAACUGCUGGCCAUUGCACCAUUAUUACUGAAUGGCAUAUUAUAAGCUCUGUGCUUCUGCGGCGAAGGGCGAAGACGGUCUCUAAGAGUCUACAAAGGUAUGAUGGAUGUCCAUAACGAAUUUUCGUUUGUGGUCUACAUGCUGACCCCUGAAGGACAAAAAUGGUGUACAGGCAGCCUUAUCGCUCACGACUGGGUCCUCACUGCUGCCCAUUGUAUCUAUCACGAACAAUAUUUUAUAAAAUACACAAAUUUCACCGUGAGGGAAGAAAGAGUGAGAGUUGCA